UGAUGUCAAACGCCCUCGCGCCACGUUCAGCUUUCGAGGCAGCUGCAACAUAUGUGGCAGGAUUGGGCAUCGUGGAGCUGAUUGCCGUGACAGAAACAAACCACAAGAUAAACGUGUCAACCAGAAGCCACACCCUACCUGCUACGUCUGCGGGGAGCCAGGCCACGUCGUCUCCACCUGCCCAAAAAGGAUUGACAAUACGAAGAAGGAACAAGUCGCUACUGGAAGCAAAGAAGUCAACGCGUGCUCGAAGAUUGUUCGAGGUAUUAUGGACUGUAGUGAUUAAUGAAUACACUCGAGGACGACUGAUUUAUCAGAAUGGCCGUGACGGCAGCCACCUUAUUUAACAGUUUUGAGAGACGGCGGCUAGAUGGCG